AUGUGCAGGCUAACGGCAUACUUCGGCCACAGUACACUUGCUGCAGAUGUGGUGACGCGACCCACGAGGAGCGUCAUCAGACAAUCCUUUGACGCGAGGGAGCGACUGGGAGGGUCUGGGGGACAGGUGUACGACCUCGGCAACCUCAAUGCCGAUGGGUUCGGGCUGGGAUGGUACUCCCAGGACGACUCCGAGGACGUGACCCCCUGCGUGUUCACUGAGGUCGGACCAGCAUGGCACAACCGCAACCUCCACCGUCUCGCUUGCAAGGUCCGCUCCUCCGUCAUCUUCGCCCACGUGCGCGCGGCCGGUCCCGGCAUGGGGGUGUGCCAUUGCUCCUGCCAUCCCUUCGAGUACGGGCGGUUCCUCUUCAUGCACAACGGGCAGGUCGCAGGGUUCAAGAAGAUCCGGAGGGAGCUCAUGGACACGCUGAGCCAGUGCGCGUAUGACUUCUGCAUCGCCAACAGCGCCUCCGACUCCGCCCUUGCGUUCGCACUCUUUAUCGAUCAGUUGGACGACCCGCACGCCGCCAUCUCCCCUCAGCACAUGAAGAUGAAGCUGACCAAGGUGAUCCAAUCCCUCAGCGAUGCUCUGGAGAGGCACAACGUCAACGAAACCUCCCUCCUCAACUUCGUGGUGACGGAUGGUAACUCGCUGGCAGCGACGCGCUACGUGAUCAACCGGACCAAGAAUGUGCCUGCGGCCUCUCUCUACUUCUCCUCCGGCACGAGCUUCGAGCCUUCCCUGACUCCUGCAGAAGCUCCCGACAUGCCGGAGGGGAAGAAGUGCCCUGCGGUGAUGCAAGAGCCGUUGAGGGAGUACAGGAUGGUGCACGAGGACCGAAGGGAUGAUGUUGUCAUCAUCACCUCCGAGCCCUUGACCAACGUGCGAGCCGAUUGGAUCCCCGUGCCCAAGAAUCACAUCGUCCUCGUCACG